UUGGGCGUGGGGUGGGGAGGAUCUGGGCUCUGGGCUGGCCGCCAGACGGGUGUGUGGGAACGGGGAUGGUUCUGGGCUGUAUCCAAGGUUCUUGCGCCCCCCACAUCCCCCCAUCCCGUGCGCCAUGGCCAGACUAUCAUUUGCUGUUCUAUAUAGAGACCCAUGCGGCUGGGCUGGAGCCUUAUAAAGGGAUCAGCCAGAUCCCUCCCGGGAGUUGGGCUGUCCGAACUCGUAAGGGAGAUACGGGACUCGAACCCAUGGACACGUCGUACCCCCGUGGGGAACAUCUGCCCAUGACCUCGCGUGGUUCCGAGCCCGGUCCUGCCACCGUGAUCCCCAUGGGGGCUCCGCGCCCCCCGAGGGACCACUUGGUAUGGUCUGUCUUCAACACCCUCUACUUGAAUCUCUGCUGUCUGGGCUUCCUGGCUCUGGCCUAUUCCAUCAAGGCCCGGGACCAGAAGGUGGCCGGGGAUCUGGAAGCCGCGCAGCGCUUCGGCUCCAAGGCCAAAUGCUACAACAUCCUGGCGACCGUGUGGACGCUGCUGCUGCCCCUGCUGCUCGUGGCGCUGGUGGUGACCGGAGCCCUGCACCUGUCCCGCCUCGCCCAGGGCUCCAUGAGCUACUUCAGCGUCAAGUUCAACGAGGCCGAUUAUGACUGACCCGCGGCCUUGCCGAGUGCCCCCUGCCUCAUACAUCUCCUCGAGACGCCGUCCUUCCCCCCCACCCCCUCCUCAGCGGCCUCAGUCUAGGUCCUUGAGGGCCCCUGGGUCCGAGUCUGGGAUGGGAAGGAAGGCUGGCCGCCCCUCAGGCUUCGAGGUUUUGAUUCCCUCCCCCCCAAGGUUUCCCUCCCGCUCCACGCCGGCCCUUCCCCGCCCCCCAGCUGUUUCAAGGCGCUGCCCUCGAGGGGUUGCCGAGUCCUAAGGCCUGGGUGGGGCCAGUUUGAAGACAGCUCCAACGUCCUUCCCCUCCAGGGACAUCUCUCCUCCUUCAUGCUGCACCCCCCCCUUCCCCCCACCCCCCGCUAGCCAGUCUCUCCAGCCCCCACGUGUCUUCCCCAGACAGCUCCUCCCAGCUUUCCCGGUGACUGCUCUACAAUCGCUUCGACUCCAGGUUCCGAGACUUCCUGUGGUCGCUCCAGAGCCAGGAAAGUGGGUGCGGGGGAAUGCCCGCGUGGACGUGGCGGUGUGCGCGCUCAGCCACCCGGGGAGACUGAGGUGCGCGCUUGGGGGGUGUUUGUGUGUGCGUGCUCAGUCGUUCCUGGAGAAUCGGGCUGAGGGGGGCUGGAUCCAGAACCCAAUCGAAGGGGAGACUCGCCUCAAGUAAGGCUGACCUCGGGAGAGACUGAAAUCCUGGAUAUCUGGGGAUUGUCCGAUGGGUGUCCUGGACAUCUGGGGGGCUCCAGCUGGGCCCCCCAGGACAGAAGGGGAGGGGCAGGAUGGGGAGAGGCGCUUCCACUUUCACCAUUUUUGUGGCCCUUCUGUGGAGGGAGGAUCAGCCAGCUCCCACCCUGGGUGGCCCCGUCUGCUCCUGAUCAGCGAUCUGGGCAGAUCCUCGGGCCGCCUCUGGCCUCCUCCCCACUUUCUUUAGGAGAGGUGGCUUUGAAGGCCGAGAAGCCCGCAGUGGGUGUGGUGAGGGCGGAUGGGGCCGGCACUGUGGGCCCGUGGACCCUAAUUACAGGGUGGAGCCUCUUCUCCCCUGGGUCCCCAAUGUUGCCUGUGGGGAGGCUCCAAGUCGCUUCAGCCGCCUCCCCUUCCCCGCGGCUGGCUCCAGGGAGCUGCCCACACUGCCCGCACUCCCCUAGCUUCCACCAGCGAUUUCCAGGCUCACCAACGGUUCCAUUCGCGGAAUUUAGCAGAUUCAGACGCUGCCCCCCUCUCCCCCCCUCCGCGGGCCUUCCUUUCCCAGCUUACUCUUCCUGAGAGUGCCCCCAACGGGGUCUUCAGUUCCUUUCUCUGGUCCGGCUUUCUCUCCAGACAGAACCUCCCACCUGAAGGCCUCAGUCCCCAACUCCCCCUCCCCUCCUCACCCUCUCUCCCUCCCCUCCCCCUUCCCUGAAGACAGACUACAGACCCUGCACUGGGGAGGAGCAGAAUAAAUGACUGCCUCAAGUGAAGAUAGCCUGGGUUUCUAAUUCUGUCCGAUCUCUACCCUCUCCCCACACUGGGCUCUGCCCUUCUUUCCUGGCCCAAGGGGCCCACGAGAGGGGGGGCAGGGGGGCGGGGCUGCACACUCCCAGCCACAGGCGCUCAGGCCCAGAAUAGGUUCUGGGAGCCUUCAGUGGGAUCCUGAUAGUGCUAUUCGGGGCUUCCAUAGGGGAGCUUCUGAGGCAAGGAGAGGAGGUUCCCUCAAUUCUGUCAGCAUUUAUUGGGCUCCUACUGUGAACAGGUACCAGAUGGACAGUGUGGGCCACACGAGUACAUAAGUCAUUGAUAAAAGGAUUGAAAGAAGGGGAGAAGAGGCUGGUCAGGGGCUGAGGGAAAGAAAGAGCGGAGGAAGGGGAGCCCUGGAGAACACAGCCUCCUAGCAGGUUGCCAAGGUGGGGGGUGGAGGCGGAACGUGGAUGGAGGGCACAGAAACUCACAGGAGCAGAGACCUAGGCUCCAGCGCUCUGGAGGAGAAUCAAGGCCUUGAAUGCCAUGGUCAGGAAUUGGGGG